AUGGCCGCAGUCAUCCAUGAGCUGGUGAUGAGCUGCGACCUUCAGGGCAUCAAGGCUGCCAUCAAGGACAUGCAGCAGGAUGGCACUGACGUCCAGGAGGAAGUGAACAGCCACGAGUUCGGAGGUCGCGGAGCCAGGUCUUCCGUCCACGCAGCCGCCGUGCGUGGACGCGCUGAAAUUUUGCAGUACUUGCUGAAGAUGAAGGCCGAUCCCAACAACGCGGACGAUGCCGGCACAACUUCCAUGCACUUUGCUGCAGAUCUCGGCCACUCGCGCGUGGCGUACCACCUGCUUCAGGCAGGUGGCGAUCCGAGCCGCCGCAAUGGCUUCGGAAGCAGGCCCACAGACAAGCUCGUGAACAACAGCUGGGACACGCCGGAGGUGCUCCAGGGCAAGGACCAGAUUCGUCGGCUGAUUGCAGGAGAGCACUUGCCUUACGAAGCUCUGCGCCCUGAGCCGGAUGCGCCGGCCGAGGACAAGACGGUCGUGUCGCCGGUGACGUCUCCCAGCCGUCGCCACCGUGGGGGCGGUGAUCAUUUGCAUGCGCAGGCGCCCGCGCCUUCCGAGGCCACCGGUGGUUCUGACAUGCUUACGCCGAGGGUGCGGAUGGAAAAGCCGGGCGACACAGGGCUUUGCGCCUUUCUGGGUGGCGCCGUGGCGCAGGAGGUCAUCAAGAAGACUGGCAAGUUCACUCCGGUGGAGCAGUGGAUACACCAUGAUGAUGCCAGUCUCGUUCAGUCGAGCUCGGGCGCCGGGGACUAUGCUGGGACACGCUAUGCUCACCAAGCUGCUGUCCUCGGCAGCAAUUUCAUGGAGUCCAUCAAGAAGCAGCGUGUCUUCCUGGUGGGCUGUGGAGCACUUGGCUGCGAGUACUUGAAGGGGCUGGCGCUGAUGGGUGCUUGUAGUGGUGCAGACGGCAAACUGAUCGUCACGGACAUGGACCGCAUUGAGGUUUCGAACCUCAGCCGGCAGUUCCUCUUCCGGCAAUCUGAUGUUGGGAAUCCCAAAAGCACCUCGGCUGCCCGCGUCGUUAAAGGGUGGAAUCCUGACUUGCAGAUCGAAGCGCUGGAAAAGGGUGUCGGGGUGACCUCGGAGGACUUCUUCGAUGACACGUUCUGGACAUCCCUGGACCUGUGCUGGAAUGCCCUGGACAACGUCGUUGCCCGCAAGUACACUGACAAAUGCUGCCUUUGGUAUGGUCUCCCUCUUCUGGAGUCCGGCACGCUAGGGACCAAGUGUAACAGCGACGUUUUCCUGCCGGGCCUCACGAAAAGUUACAACGACGGCGUGGAGACCGAUGCGAACGAGACGCAGAUUGCCAUGUGCACCUUGAGAAGUUUCCCUUUCUUGCCUCUGCACUGCAUCGAGUUCGCGAAGCAGGCCUACUUCUCGGACUACAUGGAGUUCGCACCGCAGCAGUACGAGUCCUUCCGCAAGGAUCCCGCAGGCUUCUUCGAGCAGCUUGAUGCGAUGAGCGAAGCCGAGCAGUUCAAAGCCCUGAAGAUGAUCAAAGGCAUCAUUGAGCUGCAGCAGGCGGGCGCCAUCGAUUUUGAUGUUUGUAUCAAGGCCGCCUUCAACCACUACUGCCGGGAUUUCGUAACCUCCAUCCGGGAUUUAGUCUACAACUGCGAUGAGAUCGAGAAGACCACGGGCAAGCCCUUCUGGACUGGUACGAAGAGGCGCCCCAUCGAGGCGAAGUGGGACGCCUCAGCCCCUCCUGCAGAAGCUCUCGAGUAUCUCUACGCUACAGCGAACUGCUACGCCUUCAUGUGGAAGGUGCCCUUCGUCAGGAACCGCUUGGAGUUUCAGAAGCGCGUGGUGCAGCUCAACCUGCAGGUGCCUGCAUGGGCUCCGCCGUCCGACAAAAAGGUCGAGACCGAGGAGGACGAUGGGGACAAAGUGGACCCCGCUGCAAUUGAGGCUUUGAAGGCUGAGCUUUACAAGGUGGACCCCCAAAGCCUCCGGGAGUGCGAGGCUCACGACUUCGAAAAGGAUGACGACACCAACUUCCACAUCGACUUCCUCACGGCCUCGACGAACCUUCGGGCGAGCAACUACGACAUCAAGCACACAGAGAGGUCCACAGUCAAGGUGACGGCCGGACGAAUCAUCCCUGCUUUGGCGACUACGACCGCCAUGAUCUGCGGGCUGGUUGAUAUGGAGUUCCUCAAGAUUGUUCUCGGGAUGCACCGGGAGGAAGGAGCUUUAGACAAGUUCUACAAUGCGAACGUGAACCUGGCGACGGGCCUCCAGGCAGUGGAGUUGGUGUAG